AUGGCUCAACCGUCAUUAGCAGCGCUCUCCACUGACUCCAUUGUUGCCCGGAGUGUGACCGCCUGGAGGAUCGCCUGGACUUCGGGUCCGUCGGUCACCGCCGCUUACACCACGCGGCCACAAAAUAAAAAGCCCAAAGAAGAUAAGCGAUUUGCCGAUAUCGGCUGGUUAAUUCUUUAG